CGCGAGGGGAAGCCCGCGCAUGCUGAUGGUCCCUGGGAUCGCCCUAUCAGGUGCAAACCGCUGACAUGUUUCCACCCACCAGCGAGCAAAAAGCCCCGCAGUGGGCCAACGUGCAGCCGCAGACGAGCUGCUCACCCCGCUGACAGCCGCUUCCGUUCCUUUGGAUUUCUUCUUCAUUAUUAUUAUUAUUGCCUUUCAAGUGGAAGGACUUAUUUUUCUCCCCAAACAGCACUUGAGAGUUUUUUUUUUGUUUUUGUUUUUUUUUUUUUUAAAUGGCCCGCGCAAAGUGUAGAACUGCACUUUUCCAGGAAGCGCCUCAUGUUGCCUUCGUCGAGCGGGUUCGCACCGCCGGACUCGAGCAGCGCCUCUUCGCCGGAGCCGUGUGCGUAAAAGGCGCACGGAGGUGGGGGGAGAGCGGGGCGGGGGGCCUCGGAGGCGCUCCAAGGAAGGUGGCGGCGGCGGCGGUGGUGGUGGAGCCGGUGGUGCCCCCCCACUCCGCCCGCCCCCGCCUUCUUUCCUCUGUCGGCCGAGCGGAAGCAGGUGUCAAGAUGUCGCCGCUACCUUCCAGGUUCUUUUACGUGUGUUUACACUUCCUGGUCCUCUAUUUUCAACUGCAGGAGUCGCAGCAGAACUCCGCCGACUUCCGCUUCUACAUCGAGAACCACACGCGGAACCCGGACGACCUGAGCCGCAAGCAGGUCCGCAUCUACCAGCUGUACAGCAGGACCACGGGCAAGCACGUGCAGAUCCUCGGGAAGAAGGUCAACGCCAAUGGAGAUGAUGGGGGCAAGUAUGCUCUUCUCGUCGUGGAGACGGAAACCUUCGGCAGCCACAUCCGGAUAAAAGGAAAGGAGAGCGAACAUUACAUCUGCAUGAACGAAAAAGGCAAAAUCGUCGGAAGGCCCAACGGCAGGAAGCAGGAGUGCGUGUUCGUGGAGGAGUUUCUGGAGAACAACUACACAGCGCUGGUGUCGGCCAAGUACAAAGGCUGGUACCUGGGCUUCAACCGCAAGGGGCAGCCCAAGAGGGGCUCGCGGACCACCCAGCGCCAGCAGGAGGUCCACUUCAUGAAGCGGAACCCCAAGGGCCGCGAGGGCCUGCAGGCGGAGUUCCGCUUCACCCCCGUCACCAAGCGCACGCGGCGAGCCCGCCGGAUAAAAGCCAAGAGGAACUGAUUGAUCGACGGGCGGUUCGAUGGACGGGACGGAUUGAUCGGCAGCACUCAGGAGGGCGGACGCUCCGCGGACAAUCUCGUCCCGACAGAACAAAUUUUUAUUUUUCUACUCGACGCGAUCCCGCCGUCUUAUUUAUACGCACGGAUAACCCACAGAAGCUUUUCGGGACGCCGUCUUCGCUUGACUUGUCGAGCCGGGAGGUGACGCAACGCCCUAAAAAUCAGCCGAGCGGGAUUUAUUGGAAUCUUGUUUGUUUUGCCCCCGCCGUGACGAGGACGCCAUAGUUUCCACUGGAAGAGGACGCCACGGAGACGGGACGACGACGGCGCCGCUGGAAUGACUGCGUCGCUCUGAACGCAUUUCACGCAGCAUUCUAUUCAUUUUUUUUUUUUUUAAACCCGAUUCCAUGUCUUCCGCCUUCAUUGCAGAUGCGCGACUAGACUUUUUUUUUUUUUGUCAGUGAUGAAGACUUCCUCUACCUCCCGGUUUCUAUCCCACACCCGAGUCAUCAGUGAACUCUUCUUCUCGUGUUUUCUACCGGGACGCUCCUUUAGUGACUUUCCGGCGUCCUCCUCUUCUUCCCCUCUCCACUAAUGUGUACCCGACCUGUCUACUGGCAACCUUACUAACGAACGUGACACACAUUUAUGAUCUUUUUUUGUUUUUUUUUUAAAUGUAAGCAAGAAAUAAUUUUAUGAAUAUUAUUAAGAUAUUUAUUGCCUUCCCUUUGUAAAUA